AUGGAAAAGGGGAAUUAUACACUUGUGUCAGAGUUCUUUUUGGUGGGACUUUCUAAUUAUCCAGACCUCCAGGUGUUUCUUUAUGUACUCUGCCUCUUGAUGUACUUGGUGAUUCUCCUGGGAAAUGGUACCCUCAUUAUCAUAAGCAUCCUGGACUCUCGCCUCCAUACACCUAUGUAUUUUUUUCUUGGCAACCUCUCCUUUCUGGAUAUCUGCUAUACAUCCUCCUCAAUCCCUCAAAUGCUAGUUAAUUUUACAUCUGAAAGAAAAUCCAUCACUUUCAUUGGAUGUGCCUUACAAAUGGUUCUUUCCCUUGGACUUGCAUCCACAGAGUGCCUGCUGCUGGCGGUAAUGGGUUUUGACAGGUAUGUAGCCAUCUGCAAUCCAUUAAGAUACACCAUCAUCAUGAAUAAAGGACUCUGUGUGCAGAUGGCUGCUUGGACCUGGAUACUAGGAUUUCUGAUUGCCUCAAUACAAUCUGUUCUUGCCUUAAUAUUGCCCUUCUGUGAUAACAUUAUUGACCACCUUUUCUGUGAAAUUCUUGCCCUUUUGAAGCUUAUCUGUGUAGACAUCUCCCUCAAUUUAUUUAUUAUGAUAAUUGCAAGCAUUAUUCUCUUAAUCACUCCUCUUCUACUUAUUUUCUUCUCUUAUGUUUUUAUUCUCUUUACUAUUCUGAAAAUUAACUCUACUGAGGGGAGGAAAAAGGCCUUUUCCACUUGCUCAGCCCACCUGACAGUAGUGAUCUUGUUUUAUGGAUCAGCUCUUUUCAUAUACAUGAAGCCCAAGUCUAAGGAAACUAAGCUUUUUGAUGAAAUUUUUGGGUUGUCUUACUGGGUGUUCACCCCAAUGCUAAACCCCAUCAUCUACAGCCUGAGGAAUAAAGAGGUAAAAGGGGCUGUAGAGAAAGUCCUAAUCAGAAAUCUGUUCUUAAGGAGAAUAUAA